AAUUCACAAAAUCAAACUUGAAAAUGAAAGUUGGCACAUUCGCAACCGUCGCAGCAAUUCUUCCCGCUCUUGCGUCAUCGUUCGUAGCUCCAUCUCAGACACGGUAAGAACAGUAAUACUAGUUCGUCUUCGUUCGUUUUCCUUCGCGCACUUGGUUGCGAAAUGGAUGAUUCGUGCUUCGUCCAGAAAUUGGAUUUUCUAACGAACUGCAUCCGUUUUUUCUUGGAUCAUACAGAUCAUCGACGUCUUUGAUGGCUAAAGGAUUCGGUGCAAAGGAGAAUAAAGCCCCCAAACAGAAAUCGGCCGGUCAAUUGGAACGAGAACGAGCCGCCAAUCAGUAUGACCAGCUUGCCGCUACUGGCGGACAAGAAUAUUCUAUCUUUGUACGAAAAUUCGGAAGCCCCGAUGAUUCAUGGCUUCCAUGCGGAUCGAUUGCGGUAGCUCGUGGGGAUCAAGUCUCGAAUGCAAUCUUUAGCAACGAAGAAAACCUGAAAACCGCUAUUGUUAGAACUUUUCCCAAGCUCAAGGGGAUGGAAGGAGAAUUUGAAUACGGGUACAACAUGAAGAUUUACCCCGAUGAACCGGUAGAAGUUGCAGUGAAGUCAAAUGCAUCAUCUGGGCCAAGUUUGGGAAACUGGAUGUCCAAUCUCCUGAGUCCAAUGGACGCCUCGAAUGUAGGAAAAUCGCAAUAAAUUCCUACUGUACAUACAGCCCGUUGAAGCACACCAAAAAGAAUAGACUGCGAAUUUGAAG